UGAUUCGCCCUUUCUUUUCAAGUUUCUCUGAAGUAGCGGUGGGGAGGGCGAAUGAGAAAUUAAACCAUCCCCUUGGGAUCAUUAAUUUUCGGUAAGCAGUAGCGGUCUGCUCAGGGGGGAAGUCACUGUUUACUUUUUUUCCUCCAGGAUUAACGUGAACCAGGUGGACCUCAAAGCUAACGGGACAAGCGCACAUUGUGUUUAUACCUUCGAAGAGAAGAAGCCUUCUGUGAAUUUGGAUAGGCUGAAGUUGGGUGAUUUUUGAGAGAGUUUCACAGACGGUCGCCUUAUUUUAUCCACGCAGUUUUCAGAGGAGCAGAAAGUUUUUUUCUCCAUUGCUCCUUCGUCUGACAGCGCACGAAGGAGGCGUAGACUGACUUCACUUCAGCAUGGUCAUGCGGUUCCGCUACUCGGAGUGUUUUUAAUCAACCGUGGGGCACUCUCUUGAAGAGGGCAAAGGAAAAGUUUUCUUCCUCUAGCCUGAAAUCCAGAAAACACUCAUUGCUCCACAGUCGACUGGACUGAGUGCCUCUGUCUGGGGGUCUGCUUCCAAACCUUUUACGCGUGAUUUUUUAAAAACUUGUUAUUCACCUCUCUGUGCUCGCUUUCGGCUCACUUCUCAGCGGAGGACAAACAACGGUAAUGGCAUUUCUGAUUUUAGCACUUUCUCACCCCGCUGUUGCAGUGAAAUGCGCUGGCAUUUAAACCUCCGCAUAUUCCCCUAGCCAACGCGGAUAGCAGAAUUUUUGGACGCCGUGGGAGCCUGCCCAACAGACUGGCGUCUUCUUCUUGUGCGAGCAGGAGUGGGAUGAGGCUGCCAAAUAGACCUCUCCAAUGGUAUGCCCCGUGUCUUCGGUCAAGAGGCUACUCCUUGAGGCGGGGAUGCUCCUGCGGCGGACCUGGACCCUCCGUCGCAGGGGCUGUACGGCUCCCCUGCUGCUCAUAGGCGUAGCGGUAUGUCUGCUCUACCAAAUGCUGGUGGUGGAUCGCAGUGGAUUUAAGUCAUCUGGUGGUGGGCCGACUCCACAUCACAAGAAUAGGUCUCUCAUGUCCCCUCUGGAGCACAGACGUCUCUUGCAGGACCCCGAAAAACUGGUCUCUGCUUUGGAUGCGUUUCAGGUGGACAAAGUGAAUUCUAAGCGCAGGGUUGGUGUGGCGGUGGUGUUAACGGGGCGGCUGGUUCCUACGGCAACAGAGGUGCAGCUGUAUCAGCGGGUCUUAACGCAGCACGGCUACUGGGUGGACCGGGACCGUUACGCUGAGACCAGCACCACACCAGGAGAGAGGUAUGGCGGUGGCUGGAAUCUGCUGAUGUGUUUGAAGGGGUCAGAGAGAGGGUGUCUGCGCAAAAUCAGCUUCUCCACUCUCCAUCCAGACCAACGGGUCAAUAUUAUUCCUGCACUGUCUCAGGCCUUCUCUGAAGUGGGAGGAGUCUGCAGUUUCCUGACCAAUGGGAGAUUAGCUGGGUUGAAUCUUCCCAUAAUUCCAUCUGCCUGUGGCAAUGAGGGAGCCAAUCAGAAGGGCCUCCAUAGUUUCAAAGGAGAGGACUGGCAUCCAACCGUCCAUCCACCACACUCCUCAGCCAAGCAGCAGUCGGUGACCAUGGUAACUGUUUACGUCCUGGUGUCGUCCCUGCAGCCCCUCACAGCGUUCCUACAUCACACAGGGCUGGUGAUGUCACCAGGGGAAACAAACAGCCAAGUGGCUCAGAAUUCUAAGCGCAGGGUUGGUGUGGCGUUGGUGUUAACGGGACGGCUGGUUCCUACGGCAACAGAGGUGCAGCUGUAUCAGCGGGUCUUAACGCAGCACGGCUACUGGGUGGACCGGGACCGUUACGCUGAGACCAGCACCACACUGCGCCAGGAGAGAGAUGGCGGUGGCUGGAAUCUGCUGAUGUGUUUGAAGGGGUCAGAGAGAGGGUGUCUGCGCAAAAUCAGCUUCUCCACUCUCCAUCCAGACCAACGGGUCAAUAUUAUUCCUGCACUGUCUCAGGCCUUCUCUGAAGUGGGAGGAGUCUGCAGUUUCCUGACCAAUGGGAGAUUAGCUGGGUUGAAUCUUCCCAUAAUUCCAUCUGCCUGUGGCAAUGAAGGAGCCAAUCAGAAGGGCCUCCAUAGUUUCAAAGGAGAGGACUGGCAUCCAACCGUCCAUCCACCACACUCCUCAGCCAAGCAGCAGCAGUCGGUGACCAUGGUAACUGUUUACGUCCUGGUGUCGUCCCUGCAGCCCCUCACAGCGUUCCUACAUCACACAGGGCUGGUGAUGUCACCAGGGGAAACAAACAGCCAAGUGGCUAAGCUGCAGCAGUUCUUCCUGAAGCAAUUGGGUCCGGCUGAGUCUCAGCGGGGUCUGGCUGAGAUGCGGCGUGUGGUGCUUGAGGUCCUGCUGGCAGCGACCCUCAGCAGUCAGCAGGCCGACUCUCCGCACAGCUGCAGACUGUGUUUCCAGUGGCUAACAUUCACAUUGAGUUUCAACACAUCGCUCUCUGCUGUGGUGGUAAAGGUGCAGACGGACGUGGACGUCCAGGGGCUGUCGGACCCCGUCUUUGACGGACAGAUCAGGAAGGAGCUCAUCCUGGAGGACGGCCUGCACUUCCUAUUUGAGGCCCAUCGUACGCUGCAGAACGCACUGCGAUUGGUGGAGCCGGUCCAGCCGGAGCUGAGGGAGCAGUACGGUGGCUGUGAGUGGACAAACAGCCUUUGUUUACCCCCAGACGAGCUUCUUCUUCUGAUCCAGAUUCGACAGAAGCUGAAGAGUCCGGGACCAUUUGAAGUGCUCUAUCCUCAGGACACCUCUGAAGCUUCCACCCUCAGUCAGUUGCUGGCCCAAAGAUUCCAACUCGCAAAGGAUGAUGGGAAGACACCAGUGUUCUGGAACUUGGUGGGGCAGCUCUUUAAGUAUCACCAUGAAGUCAAAGUUCAGAGCAGGGCUUCAGCUGGACUGAGGUCUGAUGGCUCCCAGGACUCCGGAACAGGUGAAGGACGCUGUGUGGACCCCCACCUCAGACAGAUCUACACGGACCCGCCGCUGGUUCUGAACCCCCAGUUUGACCCCCGGGUCAAGGAGUACCGAGCCGAGGUGCCCUUUGACAUGGUGACACUCCGGGUCCGUCCAGAACCCUUCAGUCCGUUCUGCCAUGUGCAUCUGGACGAACAGCGUGGACCCAGGGUUGUGAACUACCCCGUCGGCCUGGGCAACAGCAGAAUCAACAUCCUGGUGAUGGACGAAUGGGAGUGGGAGCAGGGGGCGGAGCCUGUGGUCAUGACGAUCUACACGCUGCGCGUAUUCCGGGAGGCACGGCCCAGUCUGCCCAUGUUUGCCGAGUACGUGAUGUGCGGUUUCAUCCAGGAUUGUGGACUGGUGGUGCGGCCGGAGCAACCCUGUGGUCUGGAGCCCUUGCGCGGGGUCAAGUCUUCAGGCGAGGUCCAGGCUGAACAUCGGCCUCCAUGCACUUCAGGAGAUGUGCCUGGUCGCUGGGUGGUCCCCUGUCUCAGCUGUGCUGACAACAGAACCUGCGAUUGGAGGGAGGUUGCCUGGCAACCCGACAGCUGUUACCAUCCCGUGCUGGAACGACCGCAACUGCAGCAAUGCAUGAUGGGCCGUAAGGUUCUGUUCAUCGGCGACUCCACCAACCGUGGCAUGAUGUACUACCUGAUGGAGCGUGUGAACGUGACGCUGGAGGACUGGGACAAGGCCCACGACACCGUGCUCUACCGGGACCUGAACCAGGGACGCACCCCCAUCUCCUACUCAUACUACCCCCAGUUCUGGCUGCAGCAGGCCAGCCGGCCCACCUUCCAGAGGGCCCUGGAGCAGCUCAUACACAGAUCUCGUCCCCUGAGCAACUCUCCACAGACAGUGCUGGUCGCUGGUGGGGUCCAGUGGCUCAACAUCAACCACAUUAAGACCAUACAACAGGUCCUGGAGAGAGAGGGGCUUCAGAAUAUUGUGGUGGUGGUGAAGUCUCUGGGCAUGGGCUUCCAUCUCGCUGUGGACGGCAUUCACUCUCUCUCCCUGGCCCAGCUGCAAGGCCUGGACCAUGUGAACCGGGACAUUCUCAACCACGCAAAGCAUUAUGGGUACGAGGUGGUGGACACGUUCAGCAUCACCAUGGGCCGCUAUAAGGAGUUCCUGCAGGGCAGAUGCGCCUGUCACUUUCACGAGGUGGCGAAGCCCUCCUUCUCCGCUCCUGAGCACAGCACUUUGCACAUCCUGAGAACAGCGUCGGACACGGAGUCUGAGAGAACUGGCGCCGCCGGCACCUCGAUGAGCAGUAGCGACCCAAUGGACCACAGCAGCAGCUGGUCCGUCUCCAACACCUCCUACCACGUCAGGGGCCCGGUCAACCAGGUCUACGCCGAGAUCCUGCUCAGCAGACUGUGCACCACUCGUCGCCAUGGUGGAAAUCGGACUUUUCGGAACCAUGACUGAGGAACUGAGGAGGGCUCACUAACGAAAGAAACAGCCGGGGUUGUGUGUGUGUGUGUGUGUGUGUGUGUGUGUGUGUGUGUGUGUGUGUGUGUGUGUGUGUGUGUGUGUGUGUGUGUGUGUGUGUGUGUGCAUGGGUGCCGCUGGGGGGGCCGGGGGUAUGUUACAGAUUCUAAGGGCCCAAGCAGUGCCAGCAUUGACAGGGACCCUUAAGGGGCCCCAAAAUUCGAAACUUUCAUGGGACCCAGAAUUUCUGGUGGCGCCCCUCGGUGUGCGUGCGUGCGUGCGUGCG